GUGCCCCGGCCGGGGUCUGUCGGGAAGAUGGCGACCCCGGGCAUGAGCUGGCAGCAGCACUAUUACGGCGGCGGGGCGGCCAAAUUCGCGCCCACGCCGGCCGCCGCGCAGCUGGCCGGACACUGCCUGGACUACAGCCCGGACAUGCACCUGAAGAUGAGCAAGAAGAUCGCGCAGCUCACCAAGGUAAUAUAUGCGUUGAACACCAAAAAUGACGAGCACGAAUCUGCAAUUCAAGCUCUCAAAGAUGCUCAUGAAGAAGAAAUCCAACAAAUUCUUGCAGAAACAAGGGAGAAAAUACUACAGUAUAAAAGCAAAUUAACAGAGGAGUCAGACCUUAAGAGAAAGAUUCAGGUUUUAGAGGCAUCCUUGGAAGAUCACAUUAAGAUGAAGCAGCAAGCUCUGACAGAAUUUGAAGCCUAUAAGCAGAGAGUGGAGGACAUGCAGCUGUGUGCAGAAGCCCAGCACGUCCAGCGCAUAGUGACCAUGUCAAGAGAGGUCGAGGAGAUAAGGAGAAAGUUUGAAGAAAGGUUACAGAGCUUUGGACAACUCCAAAUACAGUUUGAAAAAGAUAAACGAUUGGCAAUGGAAGAUUUACAAACUGCUCACCGAAGAGAGAUUCAAGAACUGCUGAAGUCACAACAGGAUCACAGUGCCUCCAUAAACAAAGGGCAGGAGAAGGCAGAGGAGCUGCACAGGAUGGAGCUGGAGGCCCUAAACAGAACUCUGGAGGAGCUAAGACUUGAAAAGAAAAAAAUCAUUGAGGAUUAUGAAGACAAGUUGAAUAAAGCUCAGUCCUUCUAUGAAAGGGAGCUUGAUACUUUGAAAAGGUCACAGCUUUUUACAGCUGAGAGCCUGAAGGUUAGUAAAGAGAAGGAAGCUGAUCUUCGAAAAGAAUUUCAGGGACAAGAAGCAAUCUUACGAAAAACCAUAGGAAAAUUAAAGACUGAGUUGCAGAUGGUACAGGAUGAAGCCGGCAGUCUUCUCGAUAAAUGCCAGAAGCUACAGAUGGCGCUCGCCACAGCAGAGAGCAACGUGCAGGUUCUUCAAAAACAGCUUGAUGAUGCCAGGGAGGGAGAAAUGGCCUUAUUAAGCCGGCACAAAGAAGUGGAAAGUGAGCUAGCAGCUGCCAGAGAACGUUUACAACAGCAAGCUUCAGAUCUUGUCCUCAAAGCCAGUCACAUUGGAAUGCUUCAAGCAACUCAAAUGACCCAGGAGGUUACAAUUAAAGAUUUAGAGUCGGAAAAAUCAAGGGCCAAUGAGAGAUUAUCUCAGCUUGAAGAGGAAAGAGCUUUUUUGGAAAGCAGAACUCAAAGUCGGGAUGAAGAGCAGAAACAGCAGGUUCUGGAGCUGGAAAAGAAAGUGAAUGAAGCAAAAAGAGCUCAGAAAGAGUAUUAUGAGAUGGAGCUCAAGAACUUGCAAAGCCGACUGGAAGGAGAGGUCAGUCAACUAAAUGAGGCCCAUUCGAAGACACUGGAAGAACUUGCUUGGAAGCAUCACGUGGCAAUCGAGACAGCUCACAGCAAUGCCAUUCGAGACAAGAAGAAACUGCAAGUGGAAUUAGAGGAACGAUAUAAAAAGGAAAAGCUACAUAUGGAAGAGGAUAAGAAUCAACUUCAACUAGAGCUAGAAAACCUGAAGGACGUACUAGAAGACAAGCUGAAUACAGCCAAUCAAGAGAUUGGCCGCCUCCAAGACCUGGUAAGGAAAAGUGAACAAGGGCUUGGCUCUGCUGAAGGACUCAUUGCUAGUCUUCAAGACUCCCAGGAAAGGCUACAGAAUGAGCUUGACUUGACUAAAGACAGGCUAAAGGAGACCAAGGAGGCUCUGUUGAAUGUCGAGACUGAGCUAGAACAAGAAAGGCACCUGCAUGAAGAAACUCUAGCUGUCAUGAAAGAAGAAGAAAAACUCAGAGUGGACAAGAUGGCCCAUGACUUAGAGAUAAAGUGGACAGAAAAUCUUAGACACGAGUGUUUGAAACUUCGAGAAGAGUUGAGGAUUCAACAUGAAGAGGAUAAAAAAUCAGCAAUGUCUCAGUUGCUACAGUUAAAAGAACGAGAGAAAAAUGCAGCCAGGGAUUCAUGGCAGAAGAAAGUUGAAGAUCUCUUAAACCAGAUUUCCUUGCUGAAACAAAAUCUGGAGAUGCAGCUUUCCCAGUCGCAGACUUCUUUGCAGCAGCUGCAGGCCCAGUUCACACAAGAACGACAGCGGCUCACCCAAGAGCUGGAAGACUUAGAGGAACAACAUCAACAAAGACAGAAAUCCUUACAAGAAGCACACAUCCUUGCAUUUCAGACAAUGGAAGAAGAAAAAGAAAAAGAGCAAAGAGCUCUUGAAAAUCACUUACAACAAAAACAUUCUGCAGAACUUCAGUCCCUAAAAGAUGCACACCGAGAGUCAAUGGAGGGCUUCCGGGUAGAAAUGGAACAGGAACUUCAGACUCUUCGGUUUGAAUUAGAAGAUGAAGGAAAGGCUAUGCUUGCUUCUUUGCGUUCAGAACUCAACCAUCAACAUGCAGCUUCAAUUGACUUGUUACGACAUAAUCAUCAUCAAGAACUGGCAGCUGCUAAGAUGGAGUUAGAAAGAAGCAUAGACAUCAGCAGAAGACAGAGUAAGGAGCACCUGUGUAGAAUCACAGAUCUGCAGGAGGAGUUAAGACACAGAGAGCAUCAUAUCUCUGACUUGGAUAAGGAGGUACAGCACCUUCAUGACAACAUCAAUGCCCUAACCAAAGAACUGGAAUUUAAGGGGAAGGAAAUCCUCAGAAUACGAAGUGAAUCUAACCAGCAGAUGAGGUUGCAUGAACAAGAUUUAAACAAGAAACUUGAAAAGGAACUGGAUGACUUGACAGCAGACCAUCUCAGAGAGAAAAAUAUCAUGCGAGCAGAUUUUAAUAAGACUAAUGAGCUACUCAAGGAAAUAAAUGCUGCUUUACAAGUGUCGCUAGAAGAAAUGGAAGAAAAGUAUCUGAUGAGAGAAUCAAAGCCGGAAGAUGUGCAGCUGAUUACAGAGUUGAAGGCCAUGCUUACAGAAAGAGACCAGGUCAUCAAGAAACUAACUGAGGAUAAUAAAUUUUAUCAGCUGGAAUUAGUCAAUCGAGAAACUAACUUCAACAAAGUAUUUAACUCAAGUCCUACUGUUGGUGUUAUUAAUCCCUUGGCUAAGCAAAAGAAGAAGAACGAUAAAGCACCAACAAACAGGUUUGUGAGUGUUCCCAAUCUAAGUGCUCUGGAAUCCAGCAUUGUGGGCAAUGGACAUCCUAACCGUUUGGAUCCCAUCCCUAAUUCUCCAGUCCACGACAUUGAGUUCAACAGCAACAAGCCUCUUCCUCAGCCAGUGCCACCCAAAGAGCCCAAGACAUUUUUGAGCCCCCCUCAGAGCGAAGCGUCCCCCGCAGCUUCUCCGGACCCCCAGCGCCAGGAGUGGUUCGCCCGGUACUUCACCUUCUGAAAGGGCAGUGCUGAGGCUGUGUGGACUGACUCGGAGCAUGAUUGUACACAGUCCAUUCCGCGGCCAGGCUUCCUGUGGGAACACUGUGACUGUGAAGGUGUUCGUCUCUCCAACUUGAAAAUGCAGUGUAUUUCCUGAGAUUAUAUAUAUAUAUAUAUAUAUACACAUAUAUAUAUAGGAAUCACUCUAUAAGGUACUCUAUGAUGUGUGUAAUUAUAACAAUUAUUUUUAUUUGAAAGUCUUUAACCUUUU